UUGGGGGUCCACUUUGACCCCUAUGUUUAUCGAAUUAUUUUACGAUGCUUAUUUAUAUUACUCUUCUUUCCGGCAGUACGAAGGUAGGACAGUGUUGUUCGAAUGAAUUUACCUGUGUACCUGCGUGUCGCAGUAAUUAUCAUUUUGAACGUGUUUCAAGCGCUUUGUUGAAUUUAAAACAACUCCCAGUGAAUGGAAAAUUAAUAACAUCUCGAUCUGGAUUAUAAAUAUUUAUGCAUUAAAAGAGGUUUUGACUCCAAUACACAACUCUUCAUAAAGUAAAUUUCAACAGCAAAUGUUAUCUUGCCAAUUAUAACCCGCAGAAACCACUUUCAUGAAACCGCUAAUGUAUUUUUAGCAUCAAACUGAGUCUUAUCGAACACAAGAGCUCCUCACAGUUUGUCGUUUCAUGGUUUGUCUCAUUUAGUUCUGAACCUUACCGCGCAUUGGUCGCAAUUAAAACCCCUCUCCCAGCGAAAUGUUUCUAACAAUAGUGCUUGUAGUGUUUUGUGCUGUGAGUUUAACCAGUCACCAGCAGUUUAACGGCAACAACGGUGAUCUUAAAGGUUUCCACUAUGAGCUACUACUGACCCACCUUACAGCGAUUGAGUACCGAAUCCAAACAACCCUACACGAGAUCGCUCAGAACCAUUCGCGUCAACUAGAAGAGCUGAAACUUCGCACAAGCGUGUGUGGUGCACCUUCAUUAGCUUUAGAUACCUCGGCUAGAAACAAUACACUUCUCCCCGGCCAUAACCAGAUAAAUUUCCAUCGUGAAACAAUCUCCGGAAUCGGCACCGAUCGAAGCGUAGAUGGCGAAUGGGUCAUGUUUCAAUGGCGAUUCAAUGGUUCGCUACUAUUCAACCGUACCUGGGGCGAGUAUCGUGCCGGUUUCGGAGAUACCGAGGGCGAACAUUGGAUUGGUUUAGAUAACUUGCACCAAAUGCUAGCGAAGGGACGCCAUGAGCUGUUAGUUGUAAUGGAAAGCUUUCACGGUAGUACGGUGUACGCGCACUACGAUAUGUUUAGCAUCGGCACCGAACGGGAGCAGUUUGUGAUCAAAACGAUUGGGAAAUACCGUGGCACAGCAGGAGACUCAUUGUCGUUUCACAUCGGUUCCAAAUUUAGUACGUACGAUCAGGACAACGAUGUGCAUCCAUCGAACUGUGCCUCCCAGUACAAUGGUGGCUGGUGGUACAAAAACUGCUAUUCGUGCAUGCUAAACGGGGAAUAUGUCACAUCAGCUGAACAAAACUAUCAAGAACGAGGAUUGAUUUGGGUGUCUUAUACUGGACCAUUUAACUCACUAAAAUCUACCAAAAUGAUGAUUAGACAACGAAGCUCCUGAUCAAUCCGACCUGUAUGAUCAAACCGGCCAUUUCUGGCUGACUAGACUUAUUUUUACCACAUAGCCGGAGAGUCAGUCCUUGCUACGGGGAGAUACGGUUCGGAUAGGAUUUGAUACCCGAGCCUGUCGUGUGGAACCGGCGCUGUUUAUGACCACCGGGGGCGGCUACAAUCUAAAUUGUAUUAUUUUUUAAAACAUAAAC